AUGAUUGAACCAGUUGAAAAUCUCUCAGAUUUAUUAUAUCUUGCAACACGACUCGGCAACAUCAAAAUUAUUACAGCAUUACUUGAUAAAGGUGCUCGAAUCGAAGAUGUUGAAGGUAUUUUUAAUCGCAUGUCUCCAUCAUUAGAAGCAAUCAGCAAAGAUCGAUCAGACAUUUUAGAACUUUUCAUUCUUCAUGGAUUGAAAUUUGAUCAUAUCUAUUCUAUUGACAACUUCACAUUGCUUAAUGCAAGUAUUGAAUUCAACUCUACAAAAUGUUUUGAUCUUUUAUUUUCUCAAACAUCAUUUGGUCAUUUUGUUGUUGAAACACCAAUGAUGAGUGCUCUUCAAACAUUCGAACGAACAGGCAACGAUUACUUCAUCAACAAACUUCUUCCUCAAAUUGACACCGAAUACGAAAGAAUUGUUGAUUCAUCAUUUUGUGACUACUUAUUAUUCAAAUCCGGUCAAAUUCCAGAAUUCCGCUAUAAUUCAGCUAAAAGACCAUUAUAUAAAGUCCGAGGUGAUAUAAAUAGCUCGCGUUUAUUCAGUAAUUUGAUCAGGACAAAUCCAGUACAAAUUGGUUUGAUUUAUGAACUCAUUAAUAACUCAAGAGUAUCAGAAGAAAUCAAUCAAAAAUUCCUUGAAAUAUAUUAA